UUCAUCCUAUCCAAACCCGCUUCUCCUGGGGGGCAAAACCCUAGAGCUCGUUCGCCCCUCCCCCGCCUUAAACCUUCUCCUCCUCUCCUUUGCUCUUGAGAAGCGAAAAGCACCUCAGCGGCGGCGGCGAGUGGUGGCCAUGGCGGAGCUGAAGGGGCUGUCGGAGAGCCGCGACCUGACUCGGAUCGAGCGCAUCGGCGCGCACUCCCACAUCCGGGGGCUGGGCCUGGACUCCUCGCUCGAGGCCCGCGACGUCUCGGAGGGGAUGGUCGGGCAGCUCCCCGCGCGCCGCGCCGCCGGGCUCAUCCUGCAGCUCAUCCGCCAGGGGAAUAUCGCCGGCCGCGCCGUGCUCAUCGCCGGGCAGCCCGGCACCGGGAAGACCGCCCUCGCCAUGGGCAUCGCCAAGUCCCUCGGCGCCGAGACGCCCUUCGCCUCCGUCGCCGCAUCCGAGCUCUUUUCCCUCGACCUCUCCAAGACCGAGGCACUCACCCAGGCCUUUCGCCGCUCUAUCGGCGUCCGCAUCAAGGAGGAGGCGGAGAUAAUCGAGGGUGAGGUCGUUGAAAUCUCAAUUGACCGCCCUGUCUCAGCGGCAGUUGCCAGCGGCAGCUCCGCGCCUUCUGGUGUUGUCGCGGCUGGGAAGACUGGGCGGCUCACGCUAAAGACGACGGACAUGGAGACGGUGUAUGAGCUCGGCGGCAAGAUGAUUGAGGCCCUGGGGAAAGAGAAGGUCCAGAGCGGGGAUGUGGUUGCACUUGACAAGGCCUCUGGGAAGGUGACCAAGCUUGGCCGCUCAAUUGGGAGGUCGCGGGAUUACGAUGCUGUUGGCCCUCACACCAAGUUCGUGAAGUGCCCUGAGGGUGAGCUCCAGAAGCGCAAGGAGGUCGUGCAUUGCGUCACCUUACAUGAAAUUGAUGUCAUCAAUAGCCGGACACAGGGUUUUCUUGCACUUUUCACUGGUGACACUGGUGAAAUUCGUGCAGAGGUUCGGGAGCAGAUUGAUACAAAAGUUGCUGAAUGGAGAGAGGAAGGGAAGGCUGAGAUUGUGCCUGGAGUCCUUUUUAUUGAUGAAGUCCACAUGCUAGAUAUUGAAUGCUUCUCCUUCCUAAACCGUGCACUGGAAAAUGACAUGGCUCCAAUCCUAGUCGUUGCAACAAAUCGAGGGAUCACGUCCAUACGUGGAACAAACUACCGAUCACCACAUGGUAUACCACCUGAUUUCCUUGAUCGGCUCUUAAUCAUCACGACACAGCCUUACACAGAGGAUGAUAUCCGGAAGAUCUUAGACAUCAGGUGUGACGAAGAAGACGUGGAAAUGUCUGCAGAUGCCAAGGUUUUGCUCACAAAGAUUGGAGUGGAGACCUCCCUGAGGUAUGCGAUCCACCUGAUCACUUCGGCUGCGCUAUCUUGCCAGAAACGCAAGGGUAAGAUUGUGGAGAUGGAGGAUAUAAGCCGGGUCUACCAGCUAUUCCUGGACGUCAAGAGAUCGACACAGUACUUGAUGGAGUAUCAGAGCCAGUACAUGUUCAAUGAGGUGCCAGGGGAAGCAGAUGGGGACGAUGCCAUGCAGUCAUAGACGGAUACUGUUACAGACAAACCUGGUUGGUUUUACGGCUCACUAUGGCUACUUAUUUCUCCUCUAGAUGAAUAGUGUUAAGCUUAAUAUGAGUUACCCAAGCAUUGCUUUGUGGUAUUGUGGAUGCAGUGGGCUAUGUUAGUUUUGUAGCUAGAUUUCACAAUUGAAUGUAUCUUGUCUCGUUUCAUUUCGUUUGAGAGCAGUGGUUCGUAAUUUCUUUGUUGCACUACAGUAUGUGUACUGUUGUGGUAAUAUCUUGGUUACUAAUGAGUAACGACAUCGCAAUCAGUUCAAUAGGCCAGCCUAGGUAACGAGGUAAGCACCAAGCUAUGUUGUUCAAUGUUCACUUUGUGUCACAAACUGCAGUCUGGGCCGUCUCCUACAUUUUUGUUAAAAGGUCA